GUUUAUGUUGGACAUGCAACAGAUGGUGUAAUUAUAGUACUUUAUGCGUAUGCUCCUGAAUGAUGGUGGAAGCCUUAUGCGCAUGAGUUCUUUAUACACAUCAAAGAUUUGAUGAAAUGCUCCUAUUAUGAUCCUGAAAAGUAGGAAGAAUAAGAUAGUGACAUCCGAUCUUUCCCUGUGCCUGACCCCUGCUGUUGCGGCUUUUAAUAUCUCAAUAUUCAGGGACAGUAUAAAAACAGAACAACAGAAGAAUGGUAAGGGGAUUUGGAUUAGGAGCUCCCUAAAGUCAUGGGGAAUAAGCAAACUAUUUUCACUGCUGAACAGCUUGAUACAUACCAAGAUUGCACCUUCUUUACAAGAAAGGAAAUACUCCGACUUUUUAACAGAUACCGGGACUUGGCACCACAGCUUGUUCCAGAUGACUACACAAAUAAACCAGAUGUGAAGAUCCCUUACGAGCUCAUCGGCAGUAUGCCUGAGCUUAAGGAUAAUCCUUUUCGGCAACGCAUAGCUGAGGUUUUUUCAGAGGAUGGAGAUGGAAACAUGACAUUGGAUGACUUCUUAGAUAUGUUUUCAGUACUAAGUGAAAUGGCACCCAAAGACUUAAAAGCUUUCUAUGCUUUUAAAAUAUAUGAUUUUAAUAAUGACGAUUACAUAUGCAAGUCAGACCUAGAGAAGACACUUAACAAACUAACACGGAAUGAGCUUACCCCUGAGGAAGUUUGCCUGGUGUGUGAGAAGGUGAUCGAUGAGGCUGAUGUAGAUAAUGAUGGAAAAUUGUCACUGGAAGACUUCCAGCACAUGAUUGUUAGAGCUCCAGAUUUCCUCAGCACAUUCCAUAUCAGGAUAUAAUGCCUUACAGAUGAUUCAAAUCUGUAUUCAUGUUUUGUCUUUCUUUUAUCCACACUUCUGUGGACCAAUGUCAACAGAUUUGGAAGAACUUACUAAUUAUCUCCCUAAAGAUGCUGCUGAAACAUGCAGAGUUUAUGUGUCUUCUCAUAUAUUUUUUAUUGUUCUUAACUCUGGUUUUACCUGAGGAAAUAUAUACCAACCAUAGACCAACUACAGUAUAUUACUGACACUUGUACUAUUUACAAACCAGACACCCCCUGUUGUUAGGAAGCUGCUAUUUUGGAGCUAACUAGUAUAGGAGAUUCUGCUAACCACAUUCAACCCUCUAAAACUUUUAGGAGAACUAAUGCCUGGCUGCCUUUCAGAAAGCAGGAACAAAGGCAGACUAAAGGCCUUUGUUUGCUGAUAUGUAAAUAAUUUAUUAUUCCGCCAAAGAAGUUACCAAAAUCCAGAAUAAUUCAUUUGUUACUUUGCUCUCUUCCCACCUGGCAUUUCUACAGGUAUUUGGUAUAUUAUGGGAAUGUGUUAAAAGCUUUUUUUAUUAUGUAUUAUGUAGAAAGAAUGGGUUAAAGAUGUAUAUGCUAUAUUCAGAACUGGUAUGGCAAUAAGAUAAGGCCUUGUGUAAAAGUACUUAUAGCAGUAGAUGUCUGCUUCCUAUGUGGCAAGCCAUGGGAGGUGGUUUAAAAUAUUUAACUCUUAAUACUUUCUCUUCUUUUCGAUAUUAACAGUAAUACUUUAUGCUGUGAGUAGGUUUAUUAUUUUCACCUUUCAAGGCAGACAUAAGACUUGAUGGAUAGUUUGGACCACACUCCACUGUUUUUCGAUGAAGUAAAACACAGCUGCUCAUCUAUGUCUAUGCCUGUGUUUGCUUUAAUAAAGUCAUUUUAUUUUAAAGGAAAAGCAGAGUGUUGUCUAAUAUAUUUGGACUUAGUAGUUAUGCAGUGAGGACUGAGAUGGGGACCUUUUGUAAAAAAAAAUUGGGUAAUAAAGAGUGGAGUUUUGUUUCAAGACAUGUGGAAUUCACAUGCCCACCCAUUCUAUUUUAUUACAUCAGUUGGAGGUACAGUAUGUUAAACAGACGAGAAUGAAAUUUUUGCUGUGCUGUGAUAUAUUUAGUACCAAUGUGAUAAAUGGGAUUGCUUAGUAAACUAAAUAAUACCGCCUGCCAAGGUUUAUGUAUUGUCAGUGGCAUCCUGAAUCCAGGUUGACCCUGUACAUUACAGCAGAGUAAAUAGCUGAUUAAGGUUACAUACAGGGUGUGUCCAUUUAGAUUAUUAGUACUUGGGGCAGAGACCUCACUCCUUGUGUACUCCUAUUGUUGUGCUUUUGUAAUCUUACUGUGAACUUGGCAGGUUGCUUAAAAACCUUUUCAAAUAUAUAAAGAUAUACACAUGCAUACUGU